AAUUUCCAACAUUAAGUAUCUAAGCCUCGAUUGGAAAACAGUAAAAUGUUUUCAAAUAAGCUUAUUUUGAACACCAUCGUGGUUGUCUCCAUUUUAUUCAUCAGCUGCGCCCCAAUGGUCCAGAGUUACAGGAUCCUGGUAUUCAAUCCAGAUGAGCAAAUGAAUAGAUACGCCUGGGACCACAAGAGGUCGGAAUCCUAUGAACAGAAUAUGAUUUCGUCCACCAACAAAUCGCCAGUAGAUCCUAGCUGCUUAUCUGAGCCAUGCAAUCCCGAUGACCUGGCACCCAGGCCCCUACCCGAUAUGAGUGCAGAUGAAAAACAAAAGUCCAGUAUUAAUAAUAGACACAAAAAGUUCGGUGCGUCCAAAAUCUUUUACUGGCCCAUGUUCGAAGAACAAAUGUGAAUAGACCACACUCGCUGCCAAAGACCAAUAUUUUAAUGUACCGAAUGAGAUUAUUGUACCGAAUGAGAUUAUUAGAAUUAAGUGAUAAAUAAUGAUAAUUUAUUGAAUAAAAUGUUGUUAUUUUAAGA